AUGCCGCGAGGGAAGAUUAAUGACGAGCAGAGAACGGAAACGAUCCUCCGCGGUCUUCUGAAGCAGCCGGAGAAUCGGAGGUGCAUCAACUGCAACAGCUUGGGGCCUCAGUAUGUAUGCACGACAUUCUGGACAUUUGUGUGCACAAAUUGCAGCGGAGUGCAUCGAGAAUUCUCACAUCGCAUAAAGUCAGUGUCGAUGGCGAAGUUUAAUGACGAAGAAAUUUCAGCUCUUCAAGCAGGGGGAAAUGAGAGAGCAAGGGAAAUCUAUUUCAAAGCUUGGGAUCCACAAAAGAAUUCACCCCCUGAAAACAGUAAUCUUCUCAGACUUCGGGAAUUUAUCAAAAGUGUCUACAUAGAUCGGGGAUAUACUGGCGCAAACAAUCUUCCAUGAUACUUUCAUGAUGAACAAUUACAGUAUUCAAGGGAAUACUACGAUGAACGGUUGAGCAGGAGUACCAGGGGCGACUUACUGAAGAGGUUUUCUUUUGAUAGAACAAGUAGCAGUGGCAGGGAAAAGGAAUUUGUUUUAACCAGACGAGAAAUGGAAAUGGAGAUCAAGAAUAUGUUUGAGGAAAGAAGUCCCCGGAACAUUCAAGAAACUCCAAAAUCUGGUAGCAACAGGAGUCGUAGUAGUGUUCGAUUUGAGAUAGUCGAUGACAGGUUUCGAGAAGAUGGAAGCGUGAAGCACUACGAUAGACAACAUUCAAGUAGAGAAUCAAGAUCAGGGAGCAGCUCACCUGGUUCUCUUAGGGGCACACCAAGAAACCUUCCUGCCAUACGCCCCAUGAAAGACCUUCUAGGGGAUAAAUCUCCAGCAUUGAAAGUUGGUGAAUCUCCAGAAGCCAGUGAUGGUAAGGAUGCUGAUGUCUCUGCUAGAGGUCAGCAAACACCUGAUGUUGCUCCUUCGGCAUCACCAGGUGCGAAACAGGAGCAAAAUAAGGUCGUUAAUCCAGGUAGCUCGAUAGAUUUUGAUGCUACACCUGAGCCUGCCCCAAAGAAGUUAGAACUUUCAUCAGGCGUAACAACUUCAAAUAUCGAAGAGAGCAGCUCAGCUGCACCUUUCAAUGCUCAAACAACUGCCAAUGCUUCAUAUAUGACUGCCAUAGAAUCUUUGUUUUUGGACUGGUCAGAUCCUGUUGCAUCUUCAGUUACUACAUCUCAAAUACCUGCAAACGCAAUGGCAGCUCAGCAGAACAGUUCGGAGGCUACUGAUAUUGGAACAGAAAAAGCACUGGAAGCUUCUAAUAGCCCUCAAGCUAAUACAGUUACAAAGAAUGAGCAGCAGUUGCAUAGCAGUAAUGAAAAUUCCAUGGCUCAAAUCAAUGAGAGACAGCAUCUAUCUGUUGAAGCUUCCAGCAAUCAGCCUUUUACGUCUUCUUCUGGGACUGCUAACCACAAUGUUUCACAAAGUGGCACAUCCGUUGAAGCUUCAAACAAUCGGAUGCCGUCGACAAACAACUCAUCCAUAUCAAGUGAUCGAAGACUGGUUCCACUUGACCGGUCACCACAAGCUUUCAGUUCCAAAGAUGAGCCAGAAAGAGAAAGGUCGACAACAAGCGGAAGAAAUGAACUUCCACAGUUGUACUACGUUUUGCAGUACCUUUUCACGUCUCCUCUGAAUGCAUUCACUCCGGAAGUUGGUGGAUGGCAAUAUGGAAUGCAAUUCCAACCUCCUGCAAUGCCUAUAGCUGCUUUUGUGAAUCCCCCAAGACCAAGAAAUCCAUUUGAUGUUAGCAAUGACGGAUGCCUUGAGAUAACAACUUUUCCUUCGAUGCCAUAUUUGCAAGGAGCUCUACCAAAUGUGCAAACAGCAUUGGGUUCUCAGUCAUCAUCUCCUUAUCCGACAGCAUUUUCUUCUUAUUUACCCCAAUAUGGGAUGACAAUGCACCAAGUUCCCGGUGCUUACAUGCCGCAGCUGCCCAAUAACAUCCCGCCUAACAGGCCACAAGGAAAUGCCGACUUUGGAAGAUCAGAACAUGCGUUUACAUCAUUCAACCCAUUUCAACAACAGCCCGGAACCAACUCUUUUCCAGCUGCUCCCAAUCCUUCGGCAUCACGAGGAGGAAAUCCAUUCGGUUAAUGGCUAAGCCUUAUUAUAUCCUUUGCUAUGCUCAACAAAGGGGAUUGCAGAAGGUCAAAAUUCAAGGGCAUUGUGGCUAUGGAGAGGAGGAGGAGGACGCCGAUCAGCGGCGCUGUGGCGGUGAUUCUGGUGGCUUCGAUCAUCCUGUCAAACUGUGCGGCUGUGAAUGCACAGAGAUACACCUGC